AUGCCUGUACCAUGCAAAGCAGGAUGUGGGAAAAAUGCUAUGUUAAAGCGUCCUAAAACAGGGGAUACUCUAUGUAAAGAAUGCUUUUUCGAGGCCUUUGAAACAGAAAUCCAUUUUACAAUAAUAAAGGCAGAAUUAUUUAACAGAGGAGAUUCUGUCGCCAUCGCCGCCUCUGGUGGCAAAGAUUCAACUGUAUUGGCACACGUACUGAAAACAUUAAAUCAAAGAUAUGACUACGGUCUUAAUCUCAUGUUGCUGUCCAUAGACGAGGGUAUAACCGGCUACAGAGAUGACAGCUUGGAAACGGUCAAACAAAACAGAGACGAUUACGAGAUGAAUCUCAAAAUAUUAUCAUACAAAGAUUUAUACGGUUGGACCAUGGAUGAAAUUGUAGCUCAAAUCGGAAGAAAGAAUAACUGCACAUUCUGUGGUGUAUUCAGGAGGCAAGCCUUGGAUAGAGGUGCGGCAAUGCUUAAUGUGAAAUGUAUAGCAACAGGACACAACGCUGACGACAUAGCUGAGACGGGCAGCGAGGGUACAAUUCCUAGAGUGAAACCGUUGAAGUAUACAUAUGAAAAGGAGAUUGUUAUGUACGCUCAUUACAAGAAACUGGUGUACUUCUCAACUGAAUGUGUGUUUGCUCCAAAUGCUUACAGAGGUCAUGCAAGGGCUCUGUUGAAAGAUCUGGAAAAAAUUAGACCUACUUGCAUUAUGGAUAUUAUAUACUCAGGUGAAACAAUGGCUGUGAAGGAAGAAGUAUCACUGCCCACACAGAGAAUAUGCACAAGAUGCAAAUUUGUGUCCUCUCAAGAGGUUUGUAAGGCUUGCGUUCUUCUGGAAGGAUUGAACAAGGGUUUACCGAAACUGGGCAUUGGAAAAAGUUCCAAGGCCAAGAAAAUGCUAGAAGAAUACAACGCAAACCAAAAUAAUAUGAAAACAGUUAUCAGUAAUAUUAAUGAUGACUGCAAGAAGAAUAAUUGUGUCUCCAGAGGAAAAGUGUGCAGGUCUAAUAGAAAUACAACAAAUUAUGUAGAAAAGGAAAAAAAUGAAGAUAAAUGUUGUAGUAGUACACAAGAAAAGACAAAAGACAGUGUUGCUACAAGUAGUUCCAAAAUAAACACACUUCUACAAGACUACGGCAUAUCAGAAAAUGGAUGUGUGGACGAUAAAAUCACAUUAAAUGGGGAAAGUUCUGAAAAUCAUAACUUCGAAGUUGAUUUACAUAAUGAAGAUACAUCUUUAAUAGAGGAAAAUGACGCGUGUGUAGGAGCAUGCGGCAAGAUGGACUCAUUACAAAUAGGUUUCUGA